GGACAUAAAUAAUAUCUCAACCCGAUACUAAUAAUUCGCAGCCGAUGACAGAUUAUUAAACAUUAAUUUACAAAGAUAAAGUUGUUAUCAGUCAACUUGUGUCAUGUAUGUAUUUUGUUCAAUCCGGACAAUGAAAUAAUUAUAAUUUAUUGACUUUGUGAUUUAACUAUCCAAAUAAAUAAAUCUGAAGAGAGUUGAGAGAAUUGUUUACAAUGUUAGUGGUGAUUUAAAUAUAUAAAUGGUGUCCCUGAAGACGACAAUUAUCAAACUCCAAAUGGAGCUUGUGACAAAACUAAAGGAACUACGAGUUGCUGUAGGGAGAGGGAAGAUAGACGAGGUCAAGAACAUAGUUAAAUGGUUCGAACAAGACGUGGAUCGCAUCAGAACGCUAUCUAAAGCGUACGAGAACACAAGGGCAUGUCCUACACAGGACGACCUUGUCAUUGCCGCGUGUUCCCACAACCAGAAGCAUGUUCUCGACUACUUGCUGAGUCAAACUGAUAUUUUGUACUAUCUCACUGACAGUACACAAAACAUUACAGAAGUGAUUGAGAAGAGAACAGAAGCGGUCAGACAUGCGCUGCGGCUGGAAGAUUUCGAAAUGGUGGUGAAGUUGUACGACUACUGGAUCGGCGACUUGUAUUGGAAAGGACACCGAAAGGAUAACUUUGAGAUGCUUGGGAAAAUACUCAACGGCGCUAAUAACUAUAAAAACGGCGAUAAAAACUUUCUUGGCUGGGUUUGCAGCAUUUUUAAGAAAAUUUUGAUCCGUUGUCGUUUUAUGACAAUAAAUCAACAGCUAAUUAUAGAUUUCGAAUCUAUCAUCAAAGUAAAUGACUUUCAGCAAAAACUGUACAACACCCUGCCAAAACCAUUGUCACAUUAUGCUGUCGCUGAAGACACUGCUGCAGAAGGCACUAACGGAAAAGAUACAGUCGAAACUGCUAGAGUGAUACUGAAUCUGUUGAAUAUAUAUGACGAGUAUUCGGUUAUAGAUAAGGUAAGAAUAAAAGAUGUUACCAAAGAAAAACAAAUCAAAUCGUACUUUGAAGAUACGGACAGCAUAUAUUUCAGAGCGUUAGCGGAUAUUAAAUACGAAUUCUAUUUUCGGAAAGUGGAUUUCAAUAUGGCGUUACUUUUAUUGGAAAAGUUAUACAUUAUAAGAAAUUAUUUAAAAAAACAUUUCAACACAAACCAGUUGCAAACCGCAUCAAAGACUUACAGAGAAAUAGAAUAUGCUAUCUAUCAUCUAAUCUACCGGACGAGCGAAGACUGGAGAUUGUAUCUACCUGCAGAUAGACAGUUAACAGAAGAAACUCAUCACAUAGGUAUCUACAAUGGGGCAAUGGGAAGGCUUAAGACAACAUAUGAUAUACAUAAGUUGUAUAAUAGUCCCGUGUUAUACUUGGAACGAGAACAUUACAAAACCUGUCUUCGAAAUUUAAAAGAUAUACUUAACGAAUAUUGUAUCAAACCAGAUCCAGUCAUUGAUGGUGAACAAAACAAUACAAACACUGAAAAAUUGUUAGAUGAGAAUUAUCUAAAACCAAAGAUGAAGGUAAGUGAUCAUUACUCAUUAAAUAAAAUUAUUACAUACAUCGAAGCUCUCGAACAGACUACUGAUACAGAUAUCAUUACGAUUGAAAGAGUUCUUCAGGUUAUCGGAGAAAUGGUUAAGGCUGAAGGCACUGGGGGAGAGUCAUCACAUUUAUCUAAAGAGACAAAAACCUACCUACAGAUAGCAAUAUCCGCGGACACCAUCAAACAUCUAAAAGGCAUUAGAGACUUCUUGUCACAUGCUCACAAAGGACAACUGAGCAUUAGGAUUGACAUCGAGAACAACCAAGCCGAUAUGUUACUAAAUGUUAAAGAAGAAUUAGUAGAAAUCAAAGAAAAAAUUGUUCCUAUUCGUGAUUUGUGUAAAUUGGUAUUAGAUAACUCGUUACUACAACAUGGUUUAGAUCUACUAGAUAAGAGAAUUAAGGCCUUACCAGCACGUGCCAGACAACGCAUAGAUGAAAUAAAAUCUGGUUUUGAGAAACAUGCAAAAAACUUUGUUUCGGAGUCCGGUGAAUAUUAUAGAAAAGUUUGGAAACCAGCUAAAAUGUCACAUCAAUUGCUUGUAGAAAUUCCAAUGCUAUUAAAAAACAAAGAUGAAAUUUUAUCAAAAAAGGAAGAAAUUAAUAAAGAAAUUAAUAACAAAACCAUGAAUAUUUUAUCUGCGUAUAAGCAUAAUGCAAUACAAACACUAGAACGUAUGAAAACAAACAAUGAUUGUGUAGAUAAGGUCAACCCUACAUUAGAAUUCCAUAAAAUUAACCCGUUGAAAUGUUCCCCAACAUUAAAUGAUAUAAAUAUUACAAAGGAUAGAUUAAAAUCAAAAAAAAUUAGUAUUAACGAGAUUGAAUCUCUGACAGAUAAUUUGCAACUUUGGCAAUCUGUCGUAGAAUUCGCAAACCUAGUAAGGAAAUACCAAAAGGGGGAUGGUGAUAAAGGAACAAAUAAUACUUCCGCAGAAGCCACUGCCGCAAAAGACACUGCUGAGGAAAAAACUAAAGCAGAAUAUACAGCCGCAGAACAUACUGUCACAGAAUAUACAACCGCAGAAGAUACUGCUGUAGAAGAUACAGCCGUAGAAAAGACUACCGCAGAAUAUACAACCGCAGAAGAUACAGCCGUAGAAAAGACUGUCGCAGAAUAUACAACCGCAGAAGAUACAGCCGUAGAAAAGACUGUCGCAGAAUAUACAACCGCAGAAGACACUGCCGUAGAAGAUACUGCAGCAGGAAAAACUGCUGCAGAAGAUACAGCCGUAGAAAAGACUGUCGCAGAAUAUACAACCGCAGAAGACACUGCCGUAGAAAAGACUGUCGCAGAAUAUACAACCGCAGAAGAUACAGCCGUUGAAAAGAUUUUCGCAGAAUAUACAACCGCAGAAAACACUGCCGUAGAAGAUACUGCAGCAGGAAGGACUACUGGAGAAGAUACAGCCGCAGAAAAGACUACCGCAGAAGAUACAGCCACAGAAGAUAUUGCCGCAGAAGGUACAGCCGCAGAAGAUACUGCUGCAGAAGAUACUGCCGCAGAAGACACUGCCGCAGAAGACACUGCCGCAGAAGACACUGCCACAGAAGACACUGCAGCAGAAGACAUUGCCGCAGAAGACACUGCCGCAGAAGACACACGACUUUGGCAAUCUGGGAAUGGUGAUACUGCCGCAGAAGAUACUACCGCACAUUGGAAAUCAGUCGUAGAUUUGGCAAAGCUGGUGACACGACUUUGGCAAUCAGUCGUAGAUUUCGCAAAGCUGGUGACACGAUUUUCGCAAUCUGGGAAUGGUGAUACUGCCGCAGAAGAUACUACCGCACAUUGGAAAUCAGUCGUAGAUUUGGCAGAGCUUGUGAACCAAGAGCCUUCAACGUAUCCGCCAAGUACAGACAAAAUAAAUUUCAUAUUAAACAAGGUGCAAGGUGUGUGUCCAGGGAACAAUCAAUCAACAAAUAAUACAUUUACAGGAAUAAAAAACCUAAAUGAAGAAGUAGAAAAAAAAUCAAAAACCUAUAUAGAAGUAAAAGAGUACACAAAGCGUCAUGAAUUAACAACGUGUUUAAUCAAUCGCAUCAAACGACUGAGGGCCACUCUAAGGUAUCCAGAACAAAUACCUUUACGAGAACUUGUUCAGCUAUACAAGCUGGAUCCAAAGUUUCGUUUUGAGUUAGAAAUGUUACUGGCCGAUAUAGAGAACGUCAUGAAUAUUACCAAACAAAACUCGAGGAAAAGUCGUGGGUUACUAGAAUAUAUUGUGCUCGGUAACGUCCUGGAUCACGGCAAUGCAUUCUUAGAGGUGAUUGGAGACUUAAUCGACUCUCAAGAGCUACCACGGGAGCUCUUGUCAAAAGCGAUAAGUUAUGCUGACGAUCAGGAAGCAGUCGAAGCUCUCGAGGCACUGUUCCAACAUAAUGUAGACUUCGAUACUAUCAACGAUGGUACGCUGGCAAAUAUGAACGAUGCGCAGAAAGGUUAUUACUCAAAAUUCAAAAAAUCACAGAACUGGAAAUCUUACGCGAUGUUAUUGAAGAUAAAACCAAAACGAAUAAAAGAAAUAAAACAAAAAACAGUGAACAAACAAACAGUUGCAAACCAUUCUUCUAAAAACAAAAUAUCGUAACUCCCCCCAGUAUAUACAUAUUGGAAACAUGCAAAGUACGGAAACAUCAGGAAUGUUACACAAAACGCGAAGAUCCAAACUCGCUUUCAACAAAGACAUCGUUUCAGACUAAACUUACCUACCGAAUUCACGUUUAAAAUUCGAUCUACAGGCCCUUACGUAAUGUCCAUUAAAUAGUACAACGAACUACCCACGGUCAUUAAAAGUGAAAAGAAAUGUCGUGUAUUUAUAUGCCAAUAGUUUUAGUAGAAACCUUAAGUGGGUAAAAGAUUUUUAUAUUGAUUUCCCAGUAGUUUUGUGUUGGACUUUGGUGUUAGUAUUAGGCUUACACUUGUUUUUAAUUUGACUGUUCUUUGAAUUUAUUUUCACUAUGUAUUUCUAUUUUUAUUUUGUUUACGAUUAUAUUUUAUUUUGACUGUUAUUAAGAUUAUGAAGUAUUUAAUUAUAAAGAUUAUUUAUAAUAAAAUUUUAACAAUGAUUCUAACCUGUAA